AUGAUGAAGAAGGCAUUUUCAUUCAUUGUUUUGUGUGCGUUGGUGGUGAUGCUUGUGGACAAUGUCGAGAAGACGAAUGCUGCAACUUGUAAUCCACAAGAGUUGUUGCCAUGUGCUGCGUUUCUCUCUAGUGGGGCGACACCAUCUGUGGCUUGUUGCAGCAAGUUGAAAGCACAACAGCCUUGUUUCUGUGGGUACGUGAAGAACCCUAGUCUUGGACAAUACAUUAACUCUCCAAAUGCCAAGAAGGUUGUUUCAGCUUGUGGCGUUUCGAUUCCUAAAUGUUAA